CAACACAUACACAAUUGUAUAUUGUUUUUGCAUGGCCACUUGAACAAGCAUUACUUGAUGAUGACGGUGAUUUAGCAUUCAAACAACAUGAAGAGAUUAUGUGCAGUACACUAUCUCUCAUUCUUCAAACAAUUCAUAUAAAAUCUCCUCAUUUUCAUCCAUUUGUGUUUGUUAUCACGCAUCAUGCACAGCUCAAUAUCGGUUCUGAUUGCAAUUUAAUCACAUCACCAAUUAUUGGGCUUGCGCGAAGUUUGAUGAUUGAAUACGAACGACAUCGAUUAAAACUGAUUGAUCUACAAGCAUCACUGACAUCAAUCAACAAGCCAAUAUUUGCGCGUGCUUUAAUACAACAUAUGAUGAAUUCUCGAUAUUCAAAUAAUACGUCUGAAAUUGUUUUGCAUCUUGACACGAACGAAAAUCAAGUCAAACAUAUAAAAUGGCAUUUUGAAAUGCUGCAAAAAUCUGUUGAUGAUGAUAAUAAUAAAGAAGAGAGAUCUAAACUAGAACAAAUUUCUAUUAUUCCUAAACGAGAUGCUGAUCAAAGACCAUUUCGUAUUUGUGUACCACAAUCUCGUUUUCUUUCUGAAUUAACAUGGAUUGAAGAAGAUAGAGAAAAAGACUUAUUACCAGGUAUGAUAGAAGUUCGUGUUCAUUUUGUUGGUAUUAAUUUUCGUGAUGUACUCAAAGCACGUGGUCUUUAUCCAUAUACACGUACUUUUGCACAAUCUGAUGAAGAUCAACCAAAACUUGAUCGAGAUACAGAGCCAGGUUCAGAUUUUGUUGGUACUAUUGUACGUGUAGGUCCUAAAACAACUAAUUUUCAAGUUGGCGAUCAUGUUGUAGGUGUUACUACUCUUGGUACAUAUCAUUCUCAUACUAUGAUUAAUUCACAACUUAUGGUGCGUAUUCCAUCUGAAUUUCCUCUUACCGAUGAACAAUUAUGUGGUAUGCCAACUCCAAUUUUAACAGUUAUCUAUUCUCUUAAAUAUCGUGUUCAUUUACAAACUGGUCAAACUGUUCUUAUUCAUGCUGCAACAGGUGCUGCAGGUCAAAUGUGUAUUCAAUAUUGUCAAUAUAUUGGUGCUCGUAUUAUUGCUACAGCUGGAACUGAAGAAAAACGACGUUUCCUUCGUGAAUAUUAUGGCAUUGAACAUGUAUUUAAUAGUCGAGAUACUUCUUUUGUUAAUCAUAUACGUCGAAUUCUUCCACAAGGUGUUGAUGUUAUUGUUAAUUCAUUAUCAGGUAUUUUACUAAAAGAAUCAAUUAAAUUAUUAGCAUAUCAUGGUCAUUUUGUUGAAUGGGGUAAACGAGAUAUUUAUCAUAAUAGUAAUUUAUCAAUGUUUCAACUACGAUCAGAUUGUAGUUUUCAUGUGAUUGACUUCGCUGGACUUGCUGAUCAUGUAUCACCUCUUAUUCGUAUUAUGCUAGAAGAAGCAAUUGAUUUAUUUGUUCAACAUAAAUUGCGUGCUGUUGAACCAACUGUUGCUUAUGAACCAUCUCAAGUAAUACAAGCAUUAUUAAGAUGUAAUAGUGGUCAAGUUAUGGGUAAAACAGUUUUUCGUAUAAGUUCGUCUGAUCAACCGUUAAAUAUUAACAAAAAACAAUCGAAUAGUUUAUUAAAAGUUGUAAGUGAUAAUACAAUGUUUCCACCAGAAGUUUGUAAUGAAGGAACAAUUUUAAUAUCUGGUGGUUUUGGCGGUCUUGGAUUGGCAAUGUCUCGUUGGAUGAUUGAGAAACGCAGUGUUAAACGUAUAGCACUUAUGAGUCGUCGAACCUUAAUUGAACUUGAACAACCUUCCAAUCCACAAUAUGAUGAUUGGUUACGAUUGAAACGAACAGUAAACGAAUAUAAUGCUCAUGUUGAUGUUGUACAAGUAGAUGUGACAAAUUUUCAACAAGUUCAUGAUCUUAUUGUAAGACUGAAUCAAAGUUCUUAUCCUGUUCGAGGUAUUAUUCAUAGUGCUGUUAUUGCAGACGAUCGUACGCUCAGUAAUUUAACACAAGAACAUAUAACACGUGUUCUUGCACCAAAGGCUCGCGGUGCUUGGAUUCUUCAUCAAGUAACGCAACUUACUCAUGCUCCGCUUCACUUUUUUAUUAUGUUUUCAUCAAUUCGUAAUCAUCUCCUUGAAUUAGCAUCUGCCGGUUACAAUGCCGGUAAUCAAUUUCUUGAUGCUCUUGCUCAUUAUCGUAUGCAAAAACUCAAUUUACCAGCUCUUUCUAUCAGUUUACCAGCAGUUAGUGGUGCUGGCAUGUUUCAUAGACAACGAGAGUGGUUAACAAGUUUUCAAACGACACAAGGCUUUGAAUUAGUACCAACAGUGAUUGUAUUUGAAUUGAUAGAACAUUUUCAUAAACAUCAGAAUACUUGUCCGUGUCCUAUUAUUUUUGCGGUUAAUUGGCAAACAUUGUAUGAAAGACGACACAAACUAGCAACAUUCCAGUUAACUCAAAUCGCACAGCAACGCUAUGUUGAAAUGAAGCUCAGCAACACAUCUAUAUCAUCGAAAAUCGACGGUACGGCUAAUUCUGACUUGAACCAAAAGGAAACUAUUAUUGAGCGAACUCAGGAAGCUGUAGCACGCCUCUUAGGUGCAGGUAGUGUCGAUCGUAUAUUGAUUGAUCGUUCACUUGUGAGUCAAGGCAUGGAUUCAUUAGCUGCUAUCUCACUGUACAAUUGGUUGGGACAAGAAAUUGGUAUCUAUAUACCAUUAGCUGAUCUUCUUCAAGGGUAUUCUAUUGAAACAAUUGCAACAAUUAUAUAUAAUAAGCUCCACGAUCAACAACAAGUUACCACAGCAAUUACUAAAGAACAUGAUGUGGACUCUGAUCUGAUCGAUGAAAAUAAUAUCAAAUUAUCUAAUACGUCCGUACACACUAGUACAGAGAAUAUCAUUUGUCUUCAACGUCCGACUCAGAACAAUAGUUCUAUUCUCUUCUAUAUCACGGAGCAGGCAAUCACUAAUACUGACGAGUCCUUUGCACUACUUAUGCACAAAUUAUCUAAACAACAAAUUCAAACAGUAUCAGCUACCAUCUAUGUUAUACAAAUACCGUUAACGAUAUUAGAUACAAGUACAUCUGCUUAUGCUCAAAAUAUGAUCUCGCAAAUGCGUCGUAUUCAACCACGCGGAGCUUAUCAGUUAGUGGCUGAUCGCAACAAACAAGAAGAAAUCAUUGCACGUGAAAUGAUACGACAACUUAACAAUCAUUCAAUGAUAAUCGAUGUUCGAUUAAUUCUUUUGGAUGAUUAG